GGGCUGGUCCUGCAGCAGAGAAUCCUCCUCAGAGUCAGAGUCAGCAUCAGCAUCAGCAUCAGCAUCACAACACACUGCUGCUCACAGUACUACUGCUGCUGCUGCACACAGAACUACUACUACUGCUCACAGUACUGAGGACCGACCGACACACUGCUUCCUACGAGCCCAUUGGACAGAGAUCAGGAUGUUUGGAGGCGUGUCCGGGCGGAUCCAGAAGGAUCGGCAGAGGGCUGGAGGUCUGGGCUCGGUCCAGCAGGCCGUACGCCACCUGAACCAGGACUUCGAGGCCCUGAAGGAGGACUGUCUGCAGAACGGAUCUCUGUUCGAGGACCCAAUAUUCCCCGCAGAACCAGCCUCACUGGGCUUCAAGGAACUCGCACCAUUCACCGCCAAAACCAGAGGGGUGGAGUGGAAGAGACCGACGGAGCUGGCAGAGAACCCCCAGUUCAUCGUGGGCGGAGCCACCAGGACGGACAUCUGUCAGGGGGCGUUGGGAGACUGCUGGCUGCUCGCUGCUAUCGGCUCUCUGACUCUGAACGAACGGCUGCUGCAUCGCGUCGUUCCUCAUGGUCAGAAUUUCAACCACGGAUACGCCGGCAUCUUCCACUUCCAGUUCUGGCAGUUUGGCGAGUGGGUGGACGUGGUGAUCGACGACCGUCUGCCGGUCAAAGAUGGAGAGCUGAUGUUCGUCCACUCGGCGGAGGGCAGCGAGUUCUGGAGCGCCCUGCUGGAGAAGGCCUACGCCAAGUUGAACGGGUCCUACGAGGCAUUGUCUGGCGGCAGCACCACUGAAGGAUUCGAGGACUUCACCGGCGGCGUGUCGGAGCAGUACGAGCUGGCGAAGGCUCCCAGAGAUCUUCAUCGUAUCAUCAGUAAAGCUCUGCAGAGAGGAUCUCUGCUGGGCUGCUCCAUCGACAUCACCAGCGCUUUGGACAUGGAGGCGGUGACCUUCAAGAAGCUGGUGAAAGGUCACGCCUACUCUGUGACCGCCCUCAAGCAGGUGGAGCACCGCGGUCGACAGGAGCGUCUGAUCCGGAUCAGGAACCCCUGGGGUCAGGUGGAGUGGACCGGAGCCUGGAGCGACAAUUCGUCAGAGUGGACCUCCAUCGACUCGGCAGAGAAAGACGAGCUGCUCUGUAAGAUGGAGGAUGGAGAGUUCUGGAUGUCCUUCAAGGAGUUCCUGCGUCAGUUCUCCCGUCUAGAGAUCUGUAAUCUGACCCCGGACGCUCUCAGUCAGGACUCCACCAGUUUUUGGACCACGACGAUGUUUGAGGGCGGCUGGAGGAGAGGAAGCACCGCCGGAGGCUGCAGGAACCAUCCCAACACGUUCUGGAUCAACCCUCAGUAUAAGAUCUCCCUGCUGGAGGAGGACGACGACCCCGAGGACGACGAGGCGGCCUGCAGCUUGCUGGUGGCUCUAAUGCAGAAAGACCGCCGCCGCUACCGCCGCCACGGCCAGGACGUGCACACCAUCGGCUUCGCCAUCUACGAGAUCCCUGAUGAGUACCGAGGCAGUACGAGCGUCCACCUGAAGAAGGACUUCUUCCUGCGUCACUCAUCCUGCGCUCGCUCAGAGACCUUCAUCAACAUGCGAGAGGUGAGCGCCAGGCUCCGCCUCCCGCCGGGCGAGUACCUGAUCGUCCCGUCGACCUUCGAACCGUCGAAGGAGGCCGACUUCGUCCUGAGGGUGUUCACGGAGAAACAGGCCGAGACCGAGGAGAUGGACGACGACGUGGUGGCAAACUUUGAAGAAGAGGAUGAGAUCUCAGAGGGCGACGUCGAUGAUUCCUUCAGGUCGAUGUUCGCUCAGCUGUCUGGAGACGACAUGGAGAUCUCAGUACGAGAGCUCAGGACCAUCCUGAACCGGGUCGUGUCCAAACACAGAGACCUGCAGACUGAUGGUUUCAGUAUGGAGUCCUGCAGAGGCAUGGUCGGCCUCAUGGACAAAGACGGCAGCGCUCGACUCGGUCUGCUGGAGUUUCAGAUUCUCUGGAACAAGAUCAGGAAGUGGCUGGGAAUCUUCAGAGAGUUUGAUCUGGAUAAAUCCGGAUGUAUGAGCUCCUACGAGAUGCGCCUGGCGCUGGAGAACGGCGGGUUCAAACUGAACAACAAGCUGUAUCAGAUGCUGGUCGCUCGAUACGCCGACAACGAGAUCAUCGACUUCGACAACUUCACCUGCUGUCUGGUCAAACUGGAGGCCAUGUUCAAGGCCUUCCAUGAGCUGGACAGAGACGGGACAGGAUGUGCACAGCUGAACAUCAUCGAGUGGCUCUAUAUGACCAUGUGUGGCUGAAGGAGGAACACCACCAACCUGACUGCAACACUGCCGCUGUAAUACUACAGUACUGCUGCAGUACUACGUCAUCACUACAGUACUACAGUAUCACAGUACUGACUCCUCUCCUGCUGCUUCAUGUAUCCACCGACAGCCUUCAGCCUGCUGCAGAUAGGGGGCGCUGCAAACACUAUGACCUCUGACCCCUGCAUCUAUCGAUUUAUUUAUGAAUUCCAUCACACCUCCACCACACCUGCAUCACACCUCCAUCACACCUCCAUCAAACCGCCACCACACCUCCACCACACCUCCACACCGCCACCACACCUCCACUACACCUCCACACCUCCAUCACACCAUCACAUCUCCAUCACCCCUCCACCACACAUCCUACCAGUGGACUGUGGUGGCGUUCAGGUUCAGCUCGGUCAACAUAAUGCUAAAUGUUUUCUCUUAUUAAAGAACAGAAAGAAAACAGA